GAUUAUUAGAUAAACUUGUCGCUCAGUCCAAUUUUGAGAACAAAACUUCAGUUUCCAUUAUCGUUUCCUUGCCAAGACGUGCAUCUUUCCUUAAUAUUUAUCGAUGGGUGACAAGGAAGUAACUUCCGAAGAGACGGACCUAGCUACUCCAUUACCGAUGGUAGAAAAGGGGGUUGUUCCAGUGACGAUGGUGGACGUGGCGGCCUCUACAUUACCGAUGCUAGACCAAACGGUUACUCCAGUGCCGAGGGUAGAACAGGUCGUUACUCCUGUAACGCUGGUAGACCCGGUAACCAUCCUUAACCCGGUAACAACAUUGGAUCAGAUGUCCAAGUUCAAAGAAGGCGUCAUGGUGAAGGUCGAAGCGCAUGACGUGUUGCAGGUUAGGACGGGGGACGUGCUACAGGUUGUGGCUGAGCAGACCGACCUCGCAUGGGUGUACUGCAGGAACAUUUCGGGUGAACAAGGCUAUGUUCACUGUAACCUGCUACGUGAUAUCGACUACAACAGUGAUGACGACUGGGAGAGCUUUUCCGAUGCUUCUGAUUCUUUUGAUGAGAGCGACGAGGUGAAUUCGGCUGAGGAGGGGGAGUGCGAGCUUCGCCGCGGCCUGCCGACUGAAAUAUUCACAAAAAACGAUGGAAAAAUGGCUAAAAUAUUGCAAGCACUAAGAAGGAAAACUAUGAGCAGCGAUAGCAAAAGAAACUCCCUCAUAAGAUCCCUUCCAGAUAUCAGAAAAUAUAAUAUAUCACCUACAAUUAACCAUAAGAGUAAUAACACUGAUAGCGAUGAUAAGAGAAUUAUCAGUGAUAACGAUCAUUAUGAUAAGAAAUCGAGCGAAGUACUGCCACGCACUCAAAAUACCAAGAUAACGAAAGCUAGUAGUCUUCACGAACUGUCCGUGCGCUCACGGAAUUCAUGCACGAAUUUCUUCAAGGGUCUCACGAAACACGCACACGAAGUUCUGUCCACGAAGGAAAGCCAAGCCAUCACUUCGGUGGAACUGAAAUCCUCCGUCGAUCAAGAACACAUCCCCAAGCCUCACCCCCCUGAAAGUUGCAACCCCCACCCUCACCCAGCGGGGGAUUACAACCCCCACCCUCACCCAGCGGGUGCUCACAACCCCCAGUCUCACCCCACUGAAGGUUCCAACCUUCAACCUCAUCGCACAGUUGCUGUGGCCGCUAAGCCACCGCAAAAUGAGUUUCAUCCUCUCAUUCUUCCCCCGAUUCUCAGAAACUUGCGCAGCCCUCCUCGUGUCCCGGGUCCUAAUAAUGACCCACUUCCUACCCCGGGUCCUAAUAAUGACCCACUUCCUACCACGGGUCAAAAUAAUGACCCACUUCCUACCUCUGGUCCUACUACUGACCCACUUCCUACCCCUGGUCCUACUACCGACCCACUUCCUACCCCUGGUCCUACUACUGACCCACUUCCUACCCCUGGUCCCAAUAAUGACGCACCUCCAGGUUGUCAUGAUCUUCUCAACCCUGCAUUCCGACCGAAGAUCUACCCUAAGCCAACCGUUGAAUGCUACCCCUCCAUCCCUCCCCCCCUCCCACCGAGAAAUCCUACCCUCACCCCCGCACUUAGAAAAAUUCCUCCCCCUACCCCACCAAAUCGACCGGGGACCGCUCCCCGACGGUGGAGACCGCUCCCCCCCACGCACACCCUACAACGUGUCUCAACAGGUACGCACCCGAAAAAGCCAGCAAGACCGAACAUCACCCAGCCGGAUGCCCUGACCCAGCAGCCGAAGAAGCCAGCAGAACCAAACAUCACCCAGCCGGAUGCUUUGACCCAGCAGCCGAAGAAACCAGCAAGACCGAACAUCACCCAGCCGGAUGCCCAGACCCAGCAGCCGAAGAAGCCAGCAUUACCGAGCAUCACCCAGCUGGAUGCUUUGACCCAGCAGCCGAAAAAGCCAGCAGAACCAAACAUCACCCAGCUGGAUGCUUUGACCCAGCAGCCGAAAAAGCCAGCAGAACCAAACAUCACCCAGCCGGAUGCUUUGACCCAGCAGCCGAAAAAGCCAGCAGAACCAAACAUCACCCAGCCGGAUGCUUUGACCCAGCAGCCGAAGAAGCCAGAAGGACCGAACAUCAUCCAGCCGGAUGCCCUGACCCAGCUUCAAGACGAGGCGUGA